AGGGAGGUAUAAAGAGAGGGAGGGAGUCAUAUAAGAGAGGCAGCCAUAGAGGGAGAGGUGACAGAGUAGAUUAUCCUCCUCUCUGCCAGCCUCAUCAUGUUCAUGCUGCAGAUGUUGACUGUUAUCUCUCUGACUGUUAUCUUCCUGGCAUCUGUAGAAGCUAAAGGUGUGCAGAUGCAGAGGGAUGUCCAGUGCUGCAUGCUGUACUCCCACGGCAAGGUGCGUACCAAAGACGUGUUGCGGUUUGAGGUGCAGACGGAGGGGCCCGACUGCAGUAUACAAGCCAUCAUUCUUUACACGAAGAAGGCGGUGAAAUGUGCCGACCCCAGAGACCGGAAGGUGAAGAGGUUGCUGAGGAAGCUCCUGCAGAGACAGAGAACCAAGGCCCACCGAACCAUGUGGCUGCUUCCUCAUGACAACCUGCCCGUCAUGUCAGAGGACAAGAAAGACAACUGGGCGGUUCUCAAUGUGGAGUGACCGAGCGCUGUCAAGUUUGGAGGAAAACUCAUAGUCAUAAGCCAAGUAAACCUUCAGCAGCUCGUCUUGGUUACACGGCGACGUUGUCUGAUUCUCCAGUCAUCUUGUGUCUCCUUCUAUCUACACUAUCAGAUCUGGGCAGCAAUACAUAUUUAACUGGCUUUAGAUAUUUAAACAUGAACCGCGCUUGAAAUAUUUCCAACACGUUGCGUCUCGACAGAGGAGUGGUAUUUGUAAGAUAAGUUGCAUUGAUUUUUAUUUUCUUCUCUUUUUUUAGUGGCUUGUACUGUUAUUUGCCAGAGUCUGCCUGAAAGUGUCUCCCUCUACAACUACUACUUAACUACUCGAUGUGAGAUGAGUGAAGCUGCUGCAAUGAAACGAGCAGUGAUAUUAAUAUUGUAAAUCAGCAAAAGUGCUUAUUUGUGAUGUGUAUACCUUCGAUGUGUAACGACACUUCACACAGUAAAGUAAAAGCGGUUUGUCACAGUAAACUUCAGGUGCAGGAUAAUCCAGAUUUCAGUUGUAAGAAGGUUUUCAGGCAUUUAGACUGUUU